AAAAACACAUCAUUCUGAUUUCUAGAUGUCUCAUGCUCGCAGGCUUGGAUUUACGCAGAGAGUAUUUUAAUAAUGGAAAAUGCGUAAUUUUUCACAGAUGAUGCAAUGACGUUGCAGAUGUUGUUUCAUUAAGUCAGCACCAAGCAACAACUCUGGUACGUUUGUGGUGCUGUGGACACCAGCGAAUCAACGACUUGCCAAAUUUCCUGUGGCCCCCCAUGACGUGGGCAGUGAGUAACUGCCCACGUUUAUAUAAACCUCUCAGGAGUUUGAUUGAGGAAUAUUCUGCUUUGGAUUCUUCGUCGACCCCAGAGAGCUUCGACAAAGAUCUCAAGACAAUGGCGGAGAUGACUAAUUCCUCCUCUGAUGAUACAACUGUUAAUGAGAAUGAGUCCUUUGCAAAGCUGAGACAUUUUUUCAACAUCAUGUCUAUCAUCGUUUACUGCCUGGCCUUUGUCCUUGGUGUACUCGGGAAUGGAGUGGUUAUCUGGGUGACCGGGUUCAAGAUGAAGAAAACAGUUAACACAGUCUGGUUCCUCAACCUGGCUGUGGCUGACUUCCUCUUCACAGCCUUUCUCCCCUUGAGUGUGACAUACACAGCUAUGGAUUUCCACUGGCCUUUUGGCAAGUUCAUGUGCAAACUGAACAGCACUGUAAGCUUCCUCAACAUGUUUGCCAGUGUCUACAUUCUGGUGGUGAUCAGCGUGGACAGAUAUGUGUCUGUGGUGUGGCCCAUCUGGGCCCAGAACCACCGUAAUGUACGCAAGGCCUCCUUUGUGAGUCUUGCUGUUUGGGUUCUGGCUUUGAUCCUCAGUACACCGUACUUCGUUUUCAGGGACACUGCAUCCACUGGACAAAACACCACCGCCUGCUUCAACAACUUUGCUCUUUCUGAUGAUUUUGUAACACCUUCUGUGCAACAGCUGAGAGACCUUCGUCAUCACAUCAUGAUCAUCACCCGCUUCCUUCUGGGAUUCGUUAUCCCCUUUACUGUCAUUGUCUCCUGUUAUGCCGUCAUAAUCCAUCGCGUCAGACAAAGCCGCACCCUGGCCAGCCAGUCAAAUCGCUCCUUUAGGAUCAUCACCGCCAUUAUCGUCACUUUUUUCCUGUGCUGGGCUCCUUAUCACAUCUUGACUCUAAUUGAGCUGGUCAGAUUCACCGCUGAUGAUAAAGCUUUAAUCUAUGCCGUUGUCAUUGGAAUCCCUAUUGCCACCAGUCUGGCUUUUCUCAACAGCUGCCUGAAUCCACUGCUGUAUGUGUUCAUGGGUCGAGAUUUCAAGGACACAAUCCGCAAAUCCAUCCUGAAUAUGUUGGAGACUAUAUUCCAGGAUGAAGAGGCAUCCUCUCACACUGACAUGAAGUCACUGGACACCAGUCAGAGCAAAGAGAAGCCAGCUGCUCAAAGCGAAGUAUGUGACUUUGCAGAUGUUGUUUCAUUAAGUCAGCACCAAGCAACAACUCUGGUACGUUUGUGGUGCUGUGGACACCAGCGAAUCAACGUCUUGACUAAUUUUCUGUGGCCGGACGUGGGCAGUGACUCACACAUUCAUUUAUAUAAAGCUCUCAGGAGUUUGACUGAUGAAUAUUCUGCUUUGGAUUAUUCGCCGACCCCAGAGAGCUUCGACAAAGAUCUCAAGACAAUGGCGGAGAUGACUAAUUCCUCCUCUGAUGGUACAACUGUUAAUGACAAUGAGUCCUUUGCAAAGCUGAGACAUUUUUUCAACAUCAUGUCUAUCAUCGUUUACUGCCUGGCCUUUGUCCUUGGUGUGCUCGGGAAUGGAGUGGUUAUCUGGGUGACCGGGUUCAAGAUGAAGAAAACAGUUAACACAGUCUGGUUCCUCAACCUGGCUGUGGCUGACUUCCUCUUCACUGCAUUUCUUCCCUUCAGUGUGACAUACCUGGCUAUGAAUUUCCACUGGCCUUUUGGCAAGUUCAUGUGCAAACUGAACAGCACUGUAAGCUUCCUCAACAUGUUUGCCAGUGUCUACAUUCUAGUGGUGAUCAGUGUGGACAGAUAUGUGUCUGUGGUGUGGCCCAUCUGGGCCCAGAACCACCGUAAUGUACGCAAGGCCUCCUUUGUGAGUCUUGCUGUUUGGAUUCUGGCUUUGAUCCUCAGCACACCGUACUUCAUUUUCAGGGACACUGUAAUAAUACCUGGACAAGACACCACCGUCUGCUUCAACAACUUUGCUCUUUCUGAUGAUUCUGAAACACCUUCUGUGCAACAGCUGAGAGACCUUCGUCAUCACAUCAUGAUCAUCACACGCUUCCUUCUGGGAUUCGUUAUCCCCUUCACUGUCAUUGUCUCCUGUUAUGCCGUCAUAAUCCAUCGCCUCAGACGAAACCGCACCCUGGCCAGCCAGUCAAAUCGCUCCUUUAAGAUCAUCACCGCCAUUAUCAUCACUUUCUUCCUGUGCUGGGCUCCUUAUCACAUCUUGACUCUAAUUGAGCUGGUCAGAUUCACCACUGAUGAUAAAGCUUUAAUCUAUGCCAUUGUCAUUGGAUUCCCUAUUGCCACCAGUCUGGCUUUUCUCAACAGCUGCCUGAAUCCACUGCUGUAUGUGUUCAUGGGUCGAGAUUUCAAGGACACAAUCCGCAAAUCCAUCCUGAAUAUGUUGGAGACUAUAUUCCAGGAGGAAGAGGCGUCCUCUCACACUGAAAUGAAGUCACUGGACACCAGUCAGAGCAAAGUGAAGGCAGCUGCUCAAAGCGAAGUAUGAGACAAAAUGAGACCAAUGAAACUGUGCAUAGAAAACAAUAUUGACACAGUUGUAAAGGUACAGUUCAUACCAAAAUGCUUUCACAAGAUGUAAAUACUGGAUCAUUUGUAGCGUAGGAGUUGUAUUAUUUACCAGCUAAUCCAGUUUACCAAAAAUCUAUUCCCUUCUCUUCUGUUGUGCCAAUAAAUAAAUGUCACAAAUGUAUAAUUUCUCCACUGUCUAUUUCAGUUUAUUUCAGAGCAGCAAAUACAGAUUGCCCUUACACUUUCUAUAUUUGUAAUUUCCUGCACGCCCCAAAAUGUUUGUUUACUGGAAACUGAGUGUGACAUCAGUUACUAAAAAAAGUGCUCAGAAAACCAUGUACUGUUGCAAAAGAAAGACGCAUUCAAGAAGAGGGGAACUUCAAAGCAGACUUUUAAGAAAAGAAGUAUAGAUGUAAAAUAAUAAGUAUAUAACAUCAUAAAAUGUUAGAAUUAUAAUAUUAUUUAUGUUUGCUUAUUUAUCCCUCUACACUGCUGCUCUCUCAACCAUCCGUCAUGUGCAAAAAUUCCCAGAUGACAGUCGUCAGCCUUAUCAAGGAUGGGGAAGAUGGAGAAUACAGAUAGAGAAUCCUCUUCGAUUUUGUAGUCUGGUGCAAGGAAAACUGCCUCCAGCUGAACGUGAGUAAAACCAAGGAGCUGCUGGUGGAUAGAGAUAGUAGACUCUUAAAGUGAUGGGCUGGGCAGGCGGCAUAUAUUUUUUAAUCUUUUACAUGACAAUAUUGAAUACACAACAGUUCAUCAAAGGUCAUCCCAGGUAGGAGUGGGUGGUUCAGCAUUAGUCAUUUACUCUGUAUAUUAAUUUCCAGCAAAUAAAUCACUUUCUAAUGCAUGUGUAAUUAUUUUUGAGAUUUUUAUGCUUAAAGCUUGGUUUUAUCUUACCAGUCUUGUAAGUUUUGUUGUUUUUCACAGCUAUGAACUAAUGAGUCCAUGCAUGUUGUGCCAAUAAAUAAAUGUCAUGAAUGUA